AUGCCAUUAGAGACAGUGAAUUUCUUCGACAAGGGCGGGGAGAAUGGCGCCAAGUUCACACCGACACCAGAGGAGAUAAGGACGAUUCAGGAGAAGAUGAAAGACCCAAAGUUCGUGGAGCUUUUUCAAGACUACAUGAAAUCGAUGGAGGACCCCGAGACGCGUCGCGAGGAGGAGGCGUACCUGCAACAGGUGGAGCGUGAAGCAAAGGAUGGCGGUGACUACAGUUUUGACUUUGUGUUUCCGCGCCCCGGCUUCGUCGUGGAGUUGCUGGAGCCAUCGACGUCGUAUCAUGUGAAACACCCCUCGCGGAGCGCGGAAAAGGGAAGUCUAAACCGAAACACUCGUGUCUUCGUUAAUAUGUGCAGCAGUGAGAAGAUUGAUCCUUUCCGUGAAGAAACGACGAAAGAUAGGAAGAACAGUAACUGGUACGUCCCAGUGUCCAUCUCGAAUCCGAGGACAGAGCUUUUCUCGGAAGGGACUUCAUCGGUGACGAAGGCGGACGAAAAAGAGGGUGACGACGAAAACAAGGAUGAGAUUGCAGUGUACGAUGCUGUGUUCCAUCCCAAUACACUGCAGCUCGCUGACAGAAGUGACCGUUUCUGCUCUUUCCUCGUUAACAUUGCGGUUGAGCACAUCAACGCGGGACACGGUGACCAGCACGGGUUUCAGUUCCGCCGCCUGCCCAGCAGCGUCGCGUCACUAGGGACGCCGCAGAACCAGACGAUCACCAGGCAGAAGGGUAAGUCGCCAUUUGAGGCUGCCAAGGGCGAGCCGGUGUUGACGCAUCCAACAAAGACACUCCCACUGACGGGUGCCCACGAUGUUGAUGUAAAAAAAAAAACGGCGACGGAGGUGGCUUCUCUUCGUAAAAGUGAACGGAAGGUCGGCGGCGAGACGGCAACCCAAUUAGUGGCAAAUGAUGCGAAGGAAGGGAAUAUUCCGCGGCACACAAUUGUCCACCGCGGGCAUAUUGACUUGUCCGAUACGUGGGGAUGGAAAGUAGUUGAUCGGCGUGUUGGUGUUCCGGAGGCCCUUGUGGUGAAGAUGGAAUUUGAGGGCGUGAAGUCCGCAGCAGACCUUCUUGUUGAAGUGGAGGGUACUUACGUGACGAUAGCGAGGAGUGAUUUGCACCCAUACCACGGUGCAUUGACGCUGCCAUUCACAGUGGAGCCUGUGCCUGUGGAGGCAAAGUUUGAUCGUCGGAAAGGCAUGCUGACGUUGGUGCUUCGCGUCGUGCCGCCAGCGCCUACGGGUAUUACGGCUGCAGACAUGCGUCAGCAGUUGCUGCGUGGUGGUGACACAGAGGAUGACACGGCGGAGAACAACUCGAAUAUGCCACACGAAAAGCACGAACCCCAUUCAGCGGAUGCAUGGAAUACUGCACCUAAUGGGGUGGGGUCUCCUGCUGCUGCCCCUCCAGCGGAAGAGCCCCAACCCCAAGUGGCGGAGAAACCGGAGGGGCCACCAUCUGCGCCGCAGCUCUCCUGCAUCGGGGACCAGGAUCGUGUGCGGCAGAUGAUGGAACAGGUCCAAGCGGCCCGAAUUGAGCGUGAGAGGGCUGCUGCUGCGGCGGCGGCGGCAGAGGCGGAGGCGGCGGUGGCGGCAUCGGUGGAAGCAGCGCCAGCAGGUGAGGGAAAAAAAGACGAAACAGAGGUGGUUCCUGUGGCGGAUGAAAAGGAGGAAUGUUGCGAAAAGACACUGGAGGAAAACGCGGACGCAGCCCAGGGAGAGAGUGAAGCUGCCGAUGCGGAGAUGACAACGGGUGCGGCGGAUCUCUCAGAGGUGGAGGGGAUUGUAGGUUCGGUGAAGGACGAAGCAGACCUGGGGUUGCUGCAGCAGCGGCAGGACGCAUGGCGAAAAGAAAUGCAGCAGCGUGUAGAGAAGAAGGAUGAGGAGGAGCGCCAGGCUGCGUCUGUGGCUGAACGUGAGGUACGCCGUGAGGCGGAACGUGUGAGAAAACGGGCGGAAGCUGCGAAGCUCGAGGAGGCGGCGGAGGUAAAACUUCGUGAGCGCAUGGCUGAACUACCUCUGCGCAGCCGCCACAUCUUCACAAUUGAUUANGAGGAGGCGGCGGAGGUAAAACUUCGUGAGCGCAUGGCUGAACUACCUCUGCGCAGCCGCCACAUCUUCACAAUUGAUUAA